AUGGUACGCCCUGCCUGUCCGAGGGGGUGAGUGAGCAACCAACCACAUCACCUCCAUGUCAAUCUCUCUGUGUGGGGGUAUGCAUGUGUGCAGGGCGUAUUGGCCAACGCCAUCAGGUACCUGCAGAAGGCGACGAGGGCGGGGCUCAGCGGGCGACUGAGGGCGGAAGCGGAGGCCAUUAAGGGAGCGACGGGAGAGGGCGGUCUCUCAGUCACCCCUGAGCUGGUUGCCCAUGGCCUCGUCCACGGCGAUGCACAGCAGUCAGUCGCCAUCAUUGACGGGGCCUGGCAGGCCUACCGCGACAGAGGGUACGAGGGUGUGAGGCCCUACGUGACCGAGGGCUACGUGAUCAUGUCGCAAUAUCUAGGUAUGCAUUGCAUUGCAUAUGACGGAGAGAGCAUCAAGGAAGGGACGCAACGCACACGUGUCUGUGUAUCUGUCCGCCUUGGUUGUGCCCCCACCCCACCUGUUCAGCUUUCUGAGUGAGAGCGAUCGCGUGGCCUUGGAACAGCAGCAGCCACCCGCCGUACCGCCGUCGCCGCCACCCGAGGGCGCAUCGGCUUUGCCAGCGGCUCACGAGGCGCCUGCCUCUGCACCAGCGGCCGACGAUGGCGAGGUCGAUGAGCGGUGCAAGCGGCAUCAGCAGGAGGCCGAAGAGUACGAGAGGGUCAUGGAUGAGCUAAUGGCCGACUCGGAGUACGCCGACUUCCUCCCCGACUGGCUGAAGUUCCUGCCUUCCCUGCGUGCAGAGAAGCCGGUGGAGCCCGAGAGCGGCGACGAGGGGCAGGAGAGGCAGCAGAUAGAGAGGCAGCCAACGCCGGCGGAGAUGUGGGACGGAGCCGUCACCCUCCGAGACGUCUUCCGCAUCCGAGCCGGCAUGCUGCACGCCCUGUCCCUGCCCACCGCCACCAGACGUCGGCUGCAGCGGAUCAGCCAGACCUUACCGACACCGGGCGAGUAGCGAAGCGAUGGAAGGUACGCAAGCACGGCCACUGAUAGAGCAGGGGUCAGUCAGAGAGCCGGGCGUGGCUUGCAGGUGAUCACAAUGGCGUUUCCUCAUCCGCGAUGAGCGGCAACAGGGCGGAUCAGAUUCAGCCAUCGAGCGGUGUGUGGCCUUGCUGGCGGCCAGGGCUGAGGAGCAGGGCCAGCAAGGAGGCAUCGCCGGCUGCGUCGUUGACCUCGUCGUCUGCAGCACCAGCAAUCCAUUGCAUCAGUCUGCGGCAGCGUCAUUCCUCGAGCGGCUCAUCCAGGCCGCGUACCCCGUUGGCGUGGGAUGGUUGCUGCUGUUCGGUGUUUCGGUGGGCGCGGUGGUUGAGGGCCUGACACUAUCAGACCAGCUGUUCCAUGCAGCAGCUGAAGUGAUGCUCAACGUCAAAGCCACAGGUAGCUGGUCAUGGGAUGGACGGCAAAGGUCUCGUAUCUGUGUGUUGUGUACCGUUCAGCGACGGAUCCGAAGGCAUUUCCGGAGUAUGUGCUGAGCCGCCACGUCAAUUCGCUCCUUGAGACUCUCGUAGCCAGCAGCGAUAUGCUGAUCGUAUCGAGCGUCUGCAGCUGCCUCCCGACGCGUACCGGCGGCUCGUCGUCUCUGUGCUGUCAUCGCUGGCUGCCAUCCAUGGGGCGGGGUGGAUACAUCGCGACGCCAACCCCCAGAAUAUCAUGGUCGUGUGCCACGCCGCUCGCCUUGGCAGCCAGUGGAUUAACUUUGAGAUGGCGACGCGUCGGUCGGAGACAGAGCAGCCGCUUCCCUCCCUGCCGUCGACGCCAGGUGAAGUCGACAUCGCCUCAGUGCCGGCCCCGCACGCCGAUCCUGCUGCCCUCAGAAAGGUCGCAGACACCACCGAGGCCGUCAUCAGCCGCACCGCCACCCGCAGCAGCAGCACGCUCCGCCUGCCAUUCAGCGCGGAGGCAGACACCUACUCCGUCUGCUCACUGUCGGCUGCCCUGCUGAUCGCCCCUCAUAUGGACCACCCCGACGGCAGCGACGCCAACACAGCGAUCUACGAGGAGGCGGGGGCGUUUUUUGUCGACCUCUACGACAGACACUUCGUCGCUCAGGUGGCGAGGGAGACAAAGGCCAUGGAGACGGCGACGCGUGGAGCGGACAGCGCCCUCGCGUUCCUGCAGGCGCUCUCUGGGGCGCUCCCUGUCAGGUCUCAGGAUCGUUGCCUACAUUUUAUAUCUGUCGGCCUAUUUUCCUCGUGGCUCCGCAUCCACCAUCGAGAAGGUAGAAGGCACACGUCGAGUGGGUUCCGAGGGGGUAUCUUUGCUGUGUGCGACUGCAGGCUCGGGAUGAUGGCAAUGCUCUCAUCCGCACAUCAGCCAGGUAUGCCCUACCUGAUGCAUGAGGGGUUCGACGGACCUCCAACAGUCCUCCAACUACAUCCAUCCAUCCAUCAUCUGCACUUCGAGCUGUCUGUGCGGCCAACCACGAGCGGGAGGACCACCUGGCGGCGGCGCGAGAGUCAGGCGGCGUCAGGGCAUCCUGCUCCUUCGCAGCGACAUGAUGAGGCCUGCGAGGGUCCCCCAGGCGUCCUCUCUCCUCUGCAUCGGUACACACAAGGUAGGUGUGCAUGUAGAGAAGCCAGAAAUACGCAUGCCCUUCUUCAUCUGUGUUUGUGUGUGCCUAUCUCUUCUAGGGCAAGAGAAACGCAGCGGCAAAGUCGGACCUGCUCGUGGCGCCAGUGUCCUGGCUCCGCUGAUCCACCAACACACCCUCGUUGGCUCAGCAGUCCUUGUUUGCACUGAUACUUUGCUCUUUCUUCGUCAACAGGAAUCCGUUCGCCAGCACUCGUCAUGUUAUCUGCAUCAGCAUCGGCCGUCAAGGGAGAAAGCCUCCGUCAUGACAAUUCCAGCCUGCUGGUGGGCGAAAGAGCUCUGUGGUCGAUUGAUGAUGUCACCGCUGCCAACUUCUUCCUUUUGCCGACCUACCCCGGCCCACACGUCUGGCGUGACGAGAGCGGCAGACUGCACGAGCCGCCUGGCGCCGGGACAGACACGGCCGAGGAGCCAAUCUGA